AUCAGGAACUGGAAACUUAAACUGACAGGAGGGGCACUGUGCGCAUCAGACCAGUCACACACAGGUAACACAGCUUGCAGCCAGAGUUUCGGUGAAUCUCUAUUCCGAGGAGGCAAGUGGUCACCAUGAGCACCCUGAACCAGCAGUACGAGGAGAAGGUGCGUCCCUGCAUCGACCUGAUCGACUCCCUGCGCUCCCUGGGAGUGGAGAGGGACCUGGCGCUGCCUGCCAUCGCCGUCAUUGGAGACCAGAGCUCGGGGAAGAGCUCCGUGCUGGAGGCGCUGUCGGGGGUGGCUCUGCCCAGAGGAAACGGUAUCGUGACAAGAUGUCCUUUGGAACUGAAGAUGACGAAAAGAAAAGAAGGCGAGGGGUGGUCUGGAAAGAUAAGUUAUCGUGACUAUAAGGAAAAGCUCAAAAGUCCUGCAAAUUUGGAAGAAAAGAUCCGGGAAGCUCAAGAUAAAAUGGCUGGGGUUGGGGUAGGGAUCAGCGAUGAGCUCAUCAGUCUGGAGAUCGCCUCUCCUGAUGUUCCUGACCUGACACUCAUCGACCUGCCUGGCAUCACCAGGGUGGCUGUCAGUGGCCAGCCAGAGGACAUCGGGGAGCAGAUAAAGAUCCUCAUCCAGAAGUUUAUCACCAAGCAAGAAACCAUCAGCUUGGUGGUGGUGCCGUGCAACGUGGACAUUGCAACCACAGAAGCUUUGAAGAUGGCACGGCUGGUGGAUCCCAAUGGAGAAAGAACUCUGGGUAUCUUGACCAAGCCUGACCUGGUGGACAAAGGCACAGAAGAGACCGUGGUUGAUAUUGUCCAAAAUAGGGUCAUCCCCCUGAAGAAGGGCUACAUGAUUGUCAAGUGUAGGGGUCAAACAGAGAUCAAAAAGAAGGUGUCUCUCGCUGAAGCUCUGCAGAAAGAAAAGGCUUUCUUCGAAGAGCAUCCCUAUUUCCAGACGCUCUAUUAUGAGGGUCAGGCUGCUGUUUCUAAACUGGCAGAAAAACUUACCUUGGAACUGGUGAAUCACAUCCAGAAAUCUCUGCCUCGACUUGAAGACCAAAUAGAGACGAAACUGAAAGAGACUCAGGAAAAGUUGGACAAAUUAGGCAUCGGACCUCCAUCUGACCCCACGGAGAGACUUGGAUAUCUCAUUGACAGAGUGACUGCAUUUACGCAGGAUGCUAUCAAUCUUACAAAAGGGGAGGAUCUAAGAUGUGGAGCAAAGUCCCAAAUCUUCUCUGUACUCAGAAAACACUUUGUUGUUUGGAAAGACAUCAUCGAUGAUUCUGAACGAACAUUCAACUGCUAUGUUCAAAAAGAGGUGGCUGAGUAUGAGCACAGGUACCGUGGAAAAGAACUGCCAGGUUUCAUCAACUACAAGACGUUUGAGAACAUGAUCCAGGAGCAGAUCAAAGAGCUGGAAGAGCCUGCUGUCCUGAAACUCAAGGAUGUGGCAGAGAUCGUGAAGAAAGAGCUGUUUAAGUUGGCACAAAACAGCUUGGUUGGGCUGCCUAAUCUGAUGAGGGCAGCUAAGAUGAGGAUUGAAGCCAUCAGAACUGAGAAGGAAACGGUGGCAGAGUCCAUGCUGAGGACUCAGUUUAGGAUGGAGUUGAUCGUUUACACUCAGGACUGCAGAUACAGCAAAAAGCUAGGGAAGCGGAAGAGGGAGCCCCAACCAGUACCUCCAUUUGUCCAACCCAUGAAGCUUAACGACAGGGGGGCCAGUCUUUCGGAGAUGAUUAAGCAUCUUAAAUCGUAUCACCAAAUUGCUGGGCAACGUCUGGCCGACCAGAUCCCACUGGUGAUCCAAUUCCAGAUGCUGCAGGAGCUUACCAUCCAGCUGCAGAGAGAGAUGCUUCAAAUGCUUCAAGACAGGGAGAAAAUGGAGUCCCUGCUGCAAGAGGACUGUAACAUAAGUAACAACAGAAUUCACCUGCACAAUUGCAUUAAGCGUCUGACGAAAGCACGCUUUCUCUUAUGUGAAUUUAGCAUUAACAUCUAUGACUUCACCAUGACACCAGUGGAGGGCAGUGCUUGAAUCCCGACUUAACUGAUUAUCAAGGAGAGGUUUGGUUGAAAUUUUUAGUAGAAUUUAGAGCUCACUCUGGUUAUACACUCUCAGCUUUACUUCCAAUCAGUUGUAGCAUUUCAUUAGAAAGGUUCAUGCAUAACUCUAUCAUACUUCUACAGUCGCCAUUCUGAGUGUGACAGAGUGGCAGAUGAUGCUGUAUGCUUCCUUGAAUCUUCCAUUGUGCAACAACAAUAACUUUUGUGUAAAUAUUUUCAUAGAUUAGCCACAAUAGUUUGGUGGUAGGCUAGUUCUGCAUCAUAUUUAGUUUCCCUAUAUGCUAAGAGUUAGAGAGGGAAAGCAAUGCCAAAACAGACCCUUGUUUUGACUAUUUUUGUUUUUUAAAUCAUGGUUUCUUUACAACUUUUACCUUUUAAAAAAAAAAAAAAAAAAA